AUGUUAUCUUACCCCUCUCUAAUAUGCUAUAUCGUCGUGCCACACCCUCGUCCCUAUGCCAUACCCUCGUCCCUAGUGCCAUACCCUCGUGCCAUAUUGUUGUUCUUAGAUAAGAGCAAGAGACAGCCGCUGAAGCUAAAGUACAAAGUGGAAAAGAAGGUGAAGGAGCACCAUCGGAAGGCGCGGAAGCUCGCCAAGUCCAUGCCCAAACUAUUCAAGAAAAAGGACACUCUACAUGUGCCCAACUCGUGUCCGUUCAAGAAGGAGUUGGUCGAAGCCAUGAUUGCGCAUAAGAGGGCGAAGAAGGAAGCCGCUACCCUCAAGUCCGAAAAGAGAAAGGCAAUUGACGAAACGGAAUAA